AGUGAGCACAAUGGGAUCAGGAGAUCUGAAUUUGAAGAAAUCUUGGCAUCCCGUACGCCUCGACAAUGUGGAGAGGGUUUGGAAGGCUGAGCAAAAGGACAAACACGAAAAGGAGCGCAUCGCACAACUCAUCAGAGAAAAGGAUGAAGAACGACAGCGAGAGGAGCUCGCUAACCAGGCCAUUAACGCGGGCCAUGGCAAAGCACGUUCUCAAAGAUUAGAGUGGAUGUAUUCGGGAGCUUCGACGACAAAUACAACGUCUAAUGGGGAGGAGUUUCUUUUAGGCAAACGAAUUGAGAAGUUACCUGGCCAGGAAGACGAGGCCGAGGCAGAGAAGCUUGCUCUCACCUCAGUUCCAGGAGUAGGCGCUCAAACAUCAUCAAGUGGAACCACCACUGACCUGGCAGCAAAAAUACGCGAAGAUCCCAUGUAUCUUAUCAAGAAACGACAGAAAGAUCAGGUAAUGGAGAUUCGAAAUAAUCCGAUGAAGAUGAAGCAACUGCAAGAACUGAUGGGGAUAAAUGCGAAGAAGAAGAACAAGAAAGAUAAGAAAGAAAAAAAGAACAAGAAAGACAAAUAUUCGAAACGGGCAAAGCAUUCACGGAAACAUGGGCAUUCUGAUUCAUCUGCUAGUUCUGAUGAGGCUAACGACCACAAUGGACAUAAGGCUGGCGGCAAAAGACGCGCAGGGGUCGAAAGGAGUGUGUCAGAGAAUGGUCGCACAGAGAAUAAGAGACGAUCUAUUGACGAACGUAAGCGAAGUCGAUCACCUACAGGCAUCCGAGAUUAUAAUAUCGCAACAGACGUAAAAAGGAUUGGAGCUAGUAAUAGUGAAAGUAAGGGGACUCGCCGACGGGAGAGUCAGAGCGCAGAAAGAAUCAGUAGGCGCUCGAGGGCAGUAAGUCGCUCAGAAAAAGACAGAGAUGUAGCAAAAGAUAGUGAGAGAGACCACAAAGACAAGCCGAGAAGCGUAGAGGCGCAAAGUUCAGAUGGACACAGAGGUCGUUCACCCGACCGUCUAAGAGAGAAAUCAGAUAGACAUAGAGACGGGUAUGGGCAUGGAAACGAUGACAAAAGUGAAAACCCAGACAGAUUUAAUGAUAGAAGUGGACGAGACAGCCAUCGCCGAGGCACUGACAGGAGGCGAGACACACAGAGACACACUUCAAGGUCUGCCAGAGAUAGACACACGUCGGAACAUCGAAGUGAACCGAGAAACGGGGUACGGCACAAGCGCAGAAGUCGUAGUCGCAGUCGUAGUCGUAGUCGCAGCCCUGCUAGGAAAGAUUAUAGAAAGAGUGAAUCUAAACAAAGGGGUCGGAGUAGAAGUAUGAGUCCGCAAGCACGUGUCGGGUCUGGUGAUGACGACAGAAAAGCGAGCAAUGCCUCUAAGGAAAGGGGCAGUACUAGGAACGAAUCUGGCGGAGCUCAGCAACGGAAUGGUAGGAAACGAGUGGCAUUAGACCCCGAAGAAAAAUCGAGAAGAUUAGCUGAGAUGCAGGACAAUGUGGUUACUGUGGAGACCGAGCGCAUCACGCGCAUCGCAGACGGCUACAGUGCGCAGAAAGAAGAAGAAGAGCGAGAGAAAAGUUCCAGGAUGAAAGACCACGAAGGCGAUAAACGGGCAGGCUUCAUUGAGAAAAUGGAGCGAGACGCUAUCGCUGGUAUUGGGUCCUUGGAAGACAGAAUCAAUAGAAAUAGGGCAUUCUCUCAGCGUACGGAAGCAUCUCUGUCAAAGAAUUUUGCAUCGAAGUAAUGAGCUGAACGGAACCUUCAACGGUUUAAAUACAUCGGUACCCUAAAGGCUUAGCUCUGAAGGAUGAUAUUCAAUUAAAAUGCGCUUUGAAUUUACCGAUUCCCUCAACAUCGGGAAAAUGAUUCCAGGUCGUGUAUUAAAAAGAUCUGCACAAAGAACAAUUCGAAAGCAUAUUUUCGCUCGUGAAGCCUAUCCAACUAGAGUAGAGCGAACAAUGUUACGG